AUGUCAAGGGUACCAAUACCCAAGCGGGGUCAAUUGGGGCCCAAACCUCCGAAGUCAACUCCUCCGAGGACGAGCCGUCCUCCAAACUCUCUGCCUCUGGAGAAAGGGCAGAGUCAAACGGAAAAGCAGGGAAGAAGAGGACCUGCUGGCACGACCCAAAAGCCCCAACAAGAGGAACAGGCUCGAAUGCCUCCACCGCCAAUCCGGAAGGCGCAGUCCUCGAGGCCACCCGAGUCUCGCCACCAAGAAAGCCCUGCCCCGACUCUGAAACCCUCAGACGGUUGGGAGCAUGAUGAACCACAGCAGGGGAAGAUCAAGAGAGUGCGGACGAAACCAAAGUCAGGGCGACUAACACCCUCAAGUCCGAGUCCCAGUAACCAAAGCGGGGCAGCCGCAGGGCUUCCAGAACGAACCUAG